UGAACCCCCAUACACGCGUAUAUAAACUGCAAAUCCGUCCGGCUUCUGAAAGCAUCAGGUAUUCUACAAUUUACUGACUUAAUCGUCAGACCAUAAGAGGUUAUUUAGGUAAGUACGUUUAGUGAAAAAUGGGGGACAACAUGAAGCCCGUGGCCCUCCUCCUGCUGAUGCUCAACUUCUGCAUGUACACCAUCAUCGCCAUCAUCGGCGGGUGGUCCGUCAACUUCGCCAUCGACCACGGCUUCAUCAUAGGUCCCGGGCUGCGACUGCCGGCGCAUUUCCACCCGAUAUUCUUCCCGAUCGGGAACUUCGCCACGGGCUUCUUCGUGCUGUUCGCGCUGCUGGCCGCCGUCGUUGGGGCCGCCUCGUGCGUCGUGGGCUUCAUGCACCUCCGGUUCUGGAACUACCACAGCAUGCAGCCCGCCGCGUCGCUCGGCCUCGUCGCCUGGGCGCUCACCGUCCUAGCCAUGGGGCUGGCUUGUCAGGAGAUCAGCUUUGACCGAAGAAAUGCGAAGCUGGGGACCAUGGAGGCGUUCACGAUCGUCCUGUCAGUGACGCAGCUCGUCUACGUCCUCGCUAUCCACGGGGGGAGUCACGAGCCCGUCCCGGUCGAGCGGCACAACGCCCUGCGCUAGCUGAUCGGGUCGGAUCGCAGGCAGGAUGAUAAUACGGACCUGCGGAGAGAAAGGGAGGAAAAAGGACGCGAUCGAGAAGCGGGAGACGUAUGGGGCGUGACAAGGAACCGAGCUAGUCGCUAGCUGUCCGAGAUUGUUUACUUGUUGUGGUCGUGCUUUUCCGUUUGGCGUGAUGAUUCUUUGAGUGGAAUUUAAUUGGUGAGAAUGGAGGGCGUGGGGUUCUUCCGUUCAUUUGUGUCGUGUGUUCCUUUGGAUUUGUUGAUAGAUUCAAGUAUGUAUCUGACAAAUCUGAUUCGUUAACUCUCUGUUGUCUCUCUCUGUAAGUUCAGAUCAGAAGCAACCACAACUUUUAUGUUUUUCUGUUUAGUUGUAUGUCCAAAUGCUACACAACUUUAUGUUUU